AUGCUGAAAUUCGGCAUCGCUAAUUCUACUGAUGACUUUGAAAUAGUAACAAAAGUCCCAAAGCUUUCGCGUAAAAGACCUAAAACUGUGAUUAAAAGUGCAAAGACCGGGAAGAAAAAAUGCACAAAAAAGGCUAAGGAAGAAGAUCAAGUUUUGAAACCUGCGUGGACGGAUGACGAUGAUAUUACUCCACAAAUAUCAAUUCGGCCUCCACGAGCCUUAGACGUGUUUGCAAAAAUAGAUCAGCUUAAAAACAUGAAAUCAGUUGGCUCAGAUGAUGAAGGGAAUUGCAUUUACUCUCGGAAAUCUGCUGCAUGUGAUGAGAAAAGCUCUAAAAUACUCUCUUACGGAAAAGAAAUAGGCGUUAAGAGACUUAGUGAUGUCAAUCGUGAGAGAAGGUCAAUGGCUUCAAUCGUAUCAACUGAGUUCAAUACACACCACCGUAUGCUUUUAACUGCAAGCGUAGAUAGUACUAUGGCUUUUUUCAAGGUUGAUGGCUCGGAAAAUGCACUACUGCGUGAUCGUGUGUAUGAAAACUUUUCUCUUUCCUCAGCUAAGUUUACAGCUUACGGUGAUAAAGUUAUUUUUACCGGGAAUGUUGGCUCGUUUCGUAUUUAUAAUUUAGAAACUGGAAAUGAAAGUCGUGCAAGACGAUUUAUUGGUUCAUCAACAGACGAAACAAUCACUAAAUGUUUUAUUUCACCAGUUCAUCCAAAUUUGGUAGCCCUGGGAACCAAUGGAAGUGCUGUGUAUCUGGCCGAUUUACGAAGUUUAGAAAAAAUUUCAGUUAUGAGAGCAAGUGGUAUAACCAAUUCAAUUUGUUUCACUCAAGAUGGAACAUUUUUGAAUACUUAUGGGGCUGAAGGUUCUAUCUAUGUAUUUGAUCUACGAGUUAAUAAAGCUAGAAUUAUUCAUCGUUGGUUUGAUCAAGCCAGUACAAGUGGUUUAUCUAUCUCUUCUUCACCUAAUUCACAAUGGAUUGCUUGUGGGGCAGAUAGCGGUUAUGUAAAUGUUUACAAAUGGUCAUCUACGAUGAAUACAGAGAAUCCACUACCUGAUAAAGCUAUUGGUAAUUUAGUUACCGGUGUUAAUUCGCUUUGCUUUCAUCCCUCUAAUGAAAUUCUUUGUCUGGCUUCUUCACAACGUCCGGAUGCUGUUCGACUUUAUGAUGUAAACGAAAGUAUAAUCUUUGAAAACUUUCCCGCUCGUGUUGGUACUUUAAACAAACCCACAUCAAUUGGAUUUAGUCCUGGUGGGCGAUUUCUUUGUGUUGGACAAUGUAAUGGUCGCGCUGCUCUUUACGCUUUGAGUCAUUACAACGACUAUUGA